AUGACUGUAACACAUGACGAGUACCCAUUCGACUUUAUGAUCCCCUACAACCCCAAGGACUGGGUCCUUACUGGUAUCCUAGAGAACCCACCUCAUUCUCCUGUACCCUUUCGCCCAAAGGUGCCUUUCGAUCUUUCCAAAACCGACAUGAUUGCCAUUUGUUGCGAGAAGGUUCUCUGUGCAAAUAACACCGAAGCUGCUGUUAGAGUUGCUGCAGUUGACCGCAAGCUCAAGGUGGUUUUUGACAAGCUUGUCGAACCUGAUCAGCCAGUUAUCAACUACAGAACCAGCAUUACCGGACUCGAUUGUUUUACUCUUGUACAACGAAAUGCUAUUCCUUUGGCAGAUAUACAGGACAAGUUGCUGGGACUAUUUCAUAUGCAAACUAUAAUGGUAGGUGACCUUUUGAACAGUGAUCUCAAAGCUUUGAAGAUGGAUCAUGCAAGAGUGAUCGAUACCUCACUAGUGUUCAACUAUGAUCUCUCUGGUGGUGGUGGUGGUAUCGAAAAACUUCCAAGGCCCUCUUUGGAUCAUCUCUGCAAGUCUGUUUUGGGAUGUGAAAUCAAGAAAUCUCCGGGCAGAUGUGUUCAUAAAGCUGUAGCUACGAUGAAACUUGUGCUUGCUAUACUGAAGCGUGGCGCACACACCUCUGUGCCACUACCUGAUGAGCGUCCUAUACUGGUGCAUGGCGCAAGCACCUCUGUUCAACAACCUGAUGAGAUGUUGAAAUCUGAUGAGUGGGAGUGGGUAAAGAUCUGA